AUGACCCACUGUUGCUCCCCUUGCUGUCAGCCUACCUGCUGCAGGACCACCUGCUGCAGGACCACCUGCUGGAAGCCCACAACUGUGACCACCUGCAGUAGCACACCCUGCUGCCAGCCCUCCUGCUGUGUGUCCAGCUGCUGCCAGCCUUGCUGUCACCCAACUUGCUGUCAAAACACCUGCUGCAGGACCACCUGCUGCCAGCCCACCUGUGUGACCAGCUGCUGCCAGCCUUCCUGCUGCAGCACACCCUGCUGCCAGCCCACCUGCUGUGGGUCCAGCUGCUGUGGCCAAACCAGCUGUGGGUCCAGCUGUGACCAGAGCAGCUCCUGUGCACCUGUGUACUGCAGAAGAACCUGCUACUACCCCACGACUGUCUGCCUGCCUGGUUGCCUAAACCAGAACUGUGGCUCCAGCUGCUGCCAGCCCUGCUGCCACCAGCCCUGCUGCCGCCCAGCCUGCUGUGAGACCACCUGCUGCAGGACCACUUGCUUCCAGCCCACCUGUGUGUCCAGCUGCUGCCAGCCUUCUUGCUGCUGA